GGCCUGUGAGGAUCAGGUUGGUGGUCCAAUGUGAUUUUUAUUUUCCAUCGGAGGAGGCAGGAGGACUGCAGGAGGUAGGAAAUCUCUUGACUGUGCUCCCCGUGUUGUCUGUGGCAGGCACAACAAUGAAUGAAUGCUCUCGGAGAAAAUUGGUUGAAUUCUCUUCUGGGUGCAGUGAGAUGUGUGCACUCUACAGAAGAUUCGUCACCCCCGAGGCUCAUCAGCGUGACUAAAGACGAUCCAUCAAUGACCAGCAAUUUAAUUAUGAAUCAUUUUUGCCCUUCUUGUUAAGCAUGUGCAGACUCUGUGAGACAAACUAUGGUGGCAACAUGCUGUCAAAAUAUGACAUUUAGCCGAGGAAUCUGGACAACAUGAUCUGGAUUGGUGGCAGGAGUCGUGGUGUCCGCAAAUGAAGUGGAAGUGGAGUUUCUAUGGCUGGGAAAGCUUCCAUCCUCCACGCUGGAUGGCGUCAAAAACAGGAGAGCCUAAUGAGUAAAUUCACCCAACAGUCAAGAAUGGUUCCUUCAGAGAACACCAGUGUUUCCCGUCUAGAUCUCUGCCCCAACUGCAGCUCCUCCACCCACCCUGAGGUGGAUGUAGUCAAGGCGGUGGUUUUAGGGGUCGUGCUCGUGAUCUUUGUUGUGUUCGGAGUCCUCGGAAACAUUCUGGUUAUCCUGUCGGUGUUUUUCCAUCGCCACUGGCGCUCGGUGACUCAUUACUUCAUUGCCAACUUGGCUGCUGCAGACCUGUUGCUCAGCUCUGCCGUCCUGCCGUUUUCGGCCACCUCUGAAGCUUUGGGGCGGUGGGUGUUCGGACGAUCCUUCUGCAACGUCUGGGCUGCCCUGGAUGUUCUCUGCUGCACUGCCUCCAUCCUCAGUCUCUGUGUGAUUUCUAUUGACCGAUACCUGGCUGUCAGCUACCCUCUGCGCUAUCCAGCAAUAGCUACUGGUCGGAGGGGCCUCACUGCGGUGGCGGCUCUCUGGGGACUCUCAGCAGCGAUAUCUGUGGGCCCUCUCUUUGGCUGGAAGGAGCCCGACCCAGAAGACGAGACUGUGUGUCGAAUCACAGAGGAGCCUGGAUAUGCUUUGUUCUCAGCUUUAGGGUCCUUCUACAUCCCCCUGGCCAUCAUCCUGGCCAUGUACUGCAGGGUGUAUACUGUGGCGAGAAGAGAAACUAAAUCUCUUAGAGAGAGCAGGAAAGGAGAUGAGGUGGAGAUGGAGGGGGUGAUGCUGAGGAUCCACAGAGGGAAUUCUGCUCAGGUGGGAAAGCAGGAGGAUGAAGAGGAGACGCCCAAACGGCCAUCAUUUCAUUUACCGAGGAUCCUGAAGUUCUCAGGAGAGGAAAAGGCAGCGAAGACUCUGGGCAUCGUGGUUGGGUGCUUCAUCCUCUGCUGGCUCCCGUUUUUUCUGGUUUUACCAAUCGGCUCCAUCUUCCCGUCCUGUAAACCCUCUGAAACCAUCUUUAAGAUCACCUUCUGGCUGGGCUACCUGAACAGCUGCAUUAACCCCAUCAUCUACCCGUGCUUCAGUCAGGAGUUCAAAAAAGCCUUCCACAACAUGUUGCAUGGACACUGCCUGAGGACAGGGAUUCCCACCACCAAACAGGGACACGUCUCCGCUCAUUCCUCCAGUACAGGCCCCGCCUCUAAUGUAUCCAUCGUCUCGGUCCAAACACAGACCACCAUUUUUCCCUGGGCUUGCUGCAAGACGCUAUCGACCUCGUCCUCAUCUGUUGCCCCUAAAGAACGAGCUCAGACUGCACAAGCCCAGAAGAAGGGUCUCCUGAAGACCUGGUGUCUUUCAGCAAGGCGAACUUCAAUACUGCAGAACCCCUCCACAAAUGGGUCGACCAAGGUCUUGCGCCUUUCGCUUGGCAUUUCGGGAGAGGCUGUUUAAUUGUCUCCUUGAGAACUCUGGGUACUCCAUCUUAAUAUUCCGCCUGCUCGGAGAGACAAUUAUGAACAACUCCUGGGUCCUGAAAUGCAACAGAUGGGGAUAAAAAUGACUUAUGAGUUCAGAACAUGCAAGCUCAGCAAGAAACUUUUGGACAAGUUAUAUUGUUGGCCUUUGUGGAAAAAAAUCUAAGCCAAAAGCUCCUUCUGUGGAUUCGAGCACUCAGAUAGAAAGCAUAUCCAUCAGCCAAGGACACAUGAAGAUAAAGUAAUUUAUUCUAAAUGAAAUUGUGAAAGAACCCUGGAGACGAAAUUUCAUUAAACAUCAGUGGUAUUUCUGCAGUUUGCACCAAAGGUCUCUAGGGCAGGAUAUUAAAACAUUGUGGUGAUAAUUAGUAUUCACAGAGAAACCGUGUGUGUGUGUGUGUGUGAGAGAGAGAGAGAGAGAGAGAGAGAGAGAGAGAGAGAGAGAGAGAGAGAGAGAGAGAGAGAGAGAGAGAGAGAGAGAGAGAGAGAGAGACAUGUGUGACCUCUGUUCUGAAGAAGAGACAUUUAAAAGUCUGUAACAACCUGAAAAAGUCAGACUGGGAGAUUUUUUUCAGAAUGGAUUAAAUUGAAACAGAAAAAGUUUUUUUCCAGAACAUGUCUGAAGCUUGAGGCGCUCUGCCGCUUUUGUUUAAGGCUCCAACAACAUGAUGUUGAAAUGUCUUUUCUGUGUUUUACAUCAUCAUUUGUGAUGUUAAACAAAUAAAAAGAUGUUUGAUGUAUUUUUUCCCCCCUCUCAUCAGUCCUGGUGACAGAUUAUUGUUGUUUAACUUCUGCUUUUCUGUCACUGCGGAGCUUCACGGUCGGGGAUCCCCUCAAGCAAACACUGCAGAUUUUUUUGUAUUAAAAAAAGCGAAUGCAUGAGCAAAUAGGAGCACCAGCUGACUGAUGUGAUUCUUUAACUCUGAGUUUAACCCACUCAUCAAUCAGCUCUUAUAUCCAAGACCCAGAACAUGCUCAUAGGAAGACUCGU